UUCUGGUUCUUCCAGCUUCUCUUGCUUUAGUUCCUGCUCUUCUUUCUUUCUCUCCACCUUACUUUUGACUCUCACUUCCCCAGAUUCGGAUGCAGCAUUCCAGGCUCAAUAUCUGUGGUGAUAAAUAACUCCACAAAUUCUUUUGCAGGAGCUUGCCUAUCAGGGGUCACUUUCUGGCCAUCGCCGUACCCAGGAUUUGCUCUCCUUUGGAUGGAUGAGACAAAACAGCUAUUUCCAACAAUGACUACGAUUUCACGAAUGCGGUACUUCCUAAUAUUUUUUACCUUGUGUAUUCCGCUUUCAAUCUUGGUGUAUACAUCAAAACUCUCUGGUGAAAAUAUCCCAAGGAGUUACAAUCAGACAACCUUGGAAGAAACUUGCAAAGCAAUUGUGAAGGGAAAGAGCCUUUUUGUGCAAGAAAACCUGCAAAAGACAUCAUUUGGGAAAUCUAACUGCAGCUAUUACAUGAUCCAGAGUCACUAUAUUACCAAAUCGCUUUCUCAAGAAGAAGCCUCAUUUCCUUUAGCCUACAUGAUAACUUUGCACAAGGAGUUUGAAACUUUUGAGAGGGUCUUCAGGGCUAUCUAUAUGCCUCAAAACAUUUACUGUAUCCAUGUGGAUAAGAAGGCCCCUGAAAAAUACAAGAAGAAUGUGGCACAAUUGUUGGGCUGCUUCCCCAAUGCCUUCCUUGCUUCACAGUCAGAGGCAGUGGUGUAUGCUGGGAUAUCCCGGCUUCAUGCUGACUUAAACUGCAUGAAAGAUCUUGUGAAGUCUGAGGUGCCCUGGAAAUACCUUCUCAACAUGUGCGGGCAAGAUUUCCCCUUGAAAACCAACAAGGAAAUUAUUCAACAUCUUAAAAAAUUCAAGGGGAAAAACAUUGCUGAUGGAGUAUUGCCUCCUCCUCGUAUUCUCAAAAGGACGAAAUAUAUCCACAGAGAACUAAGAUUUGGUGUCUUUUCUGUCAUUCUACCUACUUUAUUAUGGAAAUCACCUCCUCCGCAUGGCCUCACGAUCUAUUUUGGCUCUGCCUACGUUGCUCUUACAAGGAAAUUUGCAGAAUUCAUACUCCAAGAUCAACGUUCUCUUGACCUCCUUGAGUGGUCCAAAGAUACCUACAGUCCCGACGAACAUUUCUGGACGACAUUGAACAGAAUACCAGGUAUGUUUUGUUUCUCCCCUGAUUGA